AUGUCUGCGGUGGACUCCAAUGACCUACUGGCUGGAAGGAAGAAGAACUUCGCUUCGUCGCUGAGUGUUUCCUAUGCGAAUGUGAAGCCCUUGACGAUGAUUCGAGCCAAAGGACAAUACAUGUACGACGACAAAGGACAGAAAUACCUCGACUGCAGAAACAAUGUUCCGCAUAUUGGCCAUUGUGACGACCGAGUUGUCGGGGCUGUUUCUGAGAUGAUUGCCACUAUAAGCACGAAUACGAGAUACUUGCAUCCCGUGAGGCAAGAGCUUGCGCAGGAGCUCCUCAAAAAGUUUCCGGCACCACUCAAUAAAGUGUUUUUGGUCAACUCGGGGAGCGAAGCCAAUGACCUGGCGCUUAGACUGGCCAGAGCCUACACUAAGAACGCCCGAGUUGUAGCUGUUGAGAGGGGGUACCACGGCACAACAUCUCUAACUAUCUCCGUCUCUGCAUACAAACUCCGCAAGUUCAAGCAAGGUUCUUCAACGCCCCAGCCCGACUGGGUCUCGAUAAUUCCCUGUCCCUCGAAACCGAAAGCUGCUGCGGAAAGUCUCCUGAUGCUGGAGCAAGAGGCGAGAAGAGAUGACCAGGGGUUGUGUGCAUUCAUUUGUGAAAGUGGUAUGAGCGUCGCUGGAGUUGUGCUGCCACCAGAUGGUUACAUGAGAGAAGCAUAUGAGACAGUCAGAAAGCACGGUGGGGUAUGCAUAGCCGACGAAGUCCAAGUUGGUCUUGGACGUAUGGGCACUCAUUUCUGGGGUUUCGAGCAGCAGGGAGUUGUUCCAGACAUCGUCACCAUUGGGAAGCCGCUCGGGAACGGAUUCCCGGUGGCGGCAGUCGUCACGACUGCGAAUAUCUCCGCAGCAUUUGACGAUGAAGGUGUGGAGUACUUCAGUACUUUUGGAGGGAACACUGUGAGUUGUGCUGCAGCUCUUGCCGUCCUGCGAGCUAUUGAUGAGGACAACCUUCAAGGCCAUGCACGCUAUGUUGGAGAAGUUCUCAAAGGAGAGCUUCGCCGGGCUGCUCGAGAGUGCCCACAUAUUGGUGAAGUUCGUGGCAGCGGUUUGUUCGUUGGAGUAGAAAUUGUGGAGGGCUCAUCCACUGAAAAUCCAGCGCCCCUUUCCAGUCGUAUCGCCUCUCAAUUGGUUGCGAGGCUCCUGCUCGACCAUUCUAUGUUAACAACCCUCGACGGGCCUGGAGAUGGUGUACUCGUCAUUAAGCCUCCGAUGUGUUUCACGGAGGAGAAUGCUCGGGAACUCGUCCAUGCUGUAGUCGAUGUAAUCUAA